UUGCGGGCCUGGUUUAGCCGAGUGAGGACAGGUGCAGUGGGGGGAGAGAGGCCGCUGUGUGAAAGGGGCUCUUUGUUCAGGAGGACUACCCGCACCAUGUAAGGCAGAGCCAGCAGCUCAAGGUUAUCAGCUGGGACAGCACAGACUGCUCACGCACGUUCCAUUAAACACUAGAACAGCUGAGGAGAGAGCCAGAGAGCCACGGAGAGGGGGACAGCAGCCUGCCUCUCCCACACUGAUGUUAGGGGAUUGUCCGAGGAGCCUGGAGCACAGGCUGGGAGACCCAGCAAUCAUGUUCAAACCCAUUGCAUGGGAAACCUUAUUCGAGACUUUCUUUACCAAGAAGAUCAAGAACCUUCUGGCCAAAGCCCUGUAUGACAACAAGGCAGAGUGUUCUGAUGAGCUGGCCUUCAGCAAGGGGGACAUCCUGACGGUGAUCGAGCAGAAUGUGGAGGGCAGCGAGGGCUGGUGGAGGUGCUCCCUCUACGGACGGCAGGGGCUAGCACCAGCCAACCGGCUGCACCUGCUCUCCUUCUCGCAGCUGGACACCCAGUCGUCGAGGGGCCCCAAGGUGGGGUGCCUGAGCUUCUGCACCACGAAGAAUCCCUCUUCCUUCCCUGCUCUGGAGUCCUCCUCCAGGAGCAACCAGCAAAACGUCUACCAGAUUCCGUCUGUGUCCCGGCCGGCGGGGCCCGCCUACGAGGACAUGAGCCCCAUCUACAAGGUGCCUUCCCUGGCACAGACGGCUCCCAGACACCCCUCUCCCUCCCUCAGGGAGCCCUCCAGCACGGUUCUCCAGUUCUUCAGGGGUUCAGCAGGGUCCAGCCCACAGAAAGAGGUGUACGAUGUCCCCACGCUGCAGCUGCGAACCUCCCUCACCACGGUCUCUGCCAGCGAGCGGGAGAAGCUGGAACAGUGCUACGAGAUUCCCGGGAGCGCAGAGUCCAGUAUCGCCAGCCAGGGAAAUGUUUAUGUCAUUUCCCCUGUGGUUUGCAUGGACUCAAGUUACGAUGUCCCUGUCUCGUCCAUGGAGGAGGCACAGAAGCGUUUGAGUGGGGGUUACAGCACCCUGCCAAACCCGCGGAAGUCCGAGUGGCACUACGACAUUCCCGUCUCCCCGGAGAAACAGAGCUGGAAGGGCUUGGGUCAGGGCUCCUACGAGACUAUGCCUGCCAAGGGGGACGUGUCUGGGAGGCAGCAAACCCCCAGCAUGGCACAGUCAUUACUCUACGACAUCCCCACACCCAGCACAGACCCCAGGAUGAGGACAGCGCACCAGGACAGCGAAACUUCUUCUAAUGUGGACUCUAGAACUUCCAGGGCAAACCUGUACGACACCCCCCCUGCAGGGAAACGGCACAGCAUCCCACAGCCGUGUCCCUAUGAUGUACCUCCCUCCGCCCUGGAGCAAAUCUCCCACAGACGGGCCAGCAACUCUGCAGUUGUCCCCGCUGGCAUCGCCCCUUCCUCCUUCCCUGUCCUGCACAGGGGAGCUCCAUGCCCUAUGUACGACCUGCCGCGGGGAUCCCUGGGGAGAGAGGACAGCCUGGCAGGGGGUCCAGGGCGACGCCCUGUCUACAACAUCCCUCCUCCCAGAGACUGCCUCCUGGAGAGCGGGGAGGAGGAGGAGGUCACAUACAGCCAGCGCAGCAGCACCGCCUCCAGCUCUUCCAGCAGCUCCUCCUGCGACCCCCUGCCUCCACUGCCACUCUCCACCCCAGAUCCCCAUAGAGAGGUGACCCUCAGCCAGGAGGAGGCUGUCCAGAGGCUGUCUCUGCUGCAGGAGGGGGUGUGCCAGGCUGUGUCCCGGCUUAUGGUGUUUGUCAGCAGCCGGUGGCGGGCCAGAGAGCACCUGACCUGUCACCUGGAAGAAGUCCGCUCCUCAGUGGAGGCCAUCGCUGGCACGCUCAUCUCUUUCCUGGAUUUCGCCGGGGAUGUGAGGGGAAACUCCAGCCGCCUACGAGACUGCAACCUCCAGGCACGGCUCCACAAGCAGCUGACCAUCGUGGAGGACUCGGGGGUGAUCCUGCGGGAGGCAGAAGCGGAGCUGGUGCAGACUGGGUGGGAGCUGGACUCCCUGGCUCAGGACCCCAGCCAGUCCCCGCCGCCGGACAGCCUGGACCGCUUUGUGAUGGUGGCCCGCACCGUGCCUGAGGACGUCAAGCGCCUGGUGUCCAUCCUCAACGCCAACAGCAAGCUGCUCUUCAGGCCGACGUCCCCCGCCCCUGUCUGCACAAAGGGGGAGGAGCCUCGAGCAGAGAAGAAGAACGGUUCCCAGGGCAACAGACCCUUGGAGGACAGCGACUAUGUCCAGCUACAGAGGAAGGAGGAGUUUGAGAAGCAGCGGAAGAGUCCCGGUGACAGCACGGUGCAGACGAGAGGCACUAACACCUCCGAACAACAGGCUAAGGAAAAAGCUGCAUCCUCAGCCGUGAAGGGAGAGGACCAGAGAGAGAAUCUCAAGCAGCACUGCAAGCUGUACUUCGGGGCGCUGCAGAAAGCCAUCGCGGUCUUCAUCACCAGCCUCAUAGAGGGCCAGCCCCCGGAGAAGUUCAUCUCCCACAGCAAGCUGGUGAUCAUGGUGGGACAGAAGCUGGUGAACACCCUGUGCAAAGAGGCGCACAGCCGCAGGGAGAGCCUGGACCUGCUCUGCAAAAGCAAUCUGCUGUGCGCCCUGCUCAAGCAGCUCGCUGUGACAACCAAGAAGGCAGCCGUGCACUUCCCUGACAAAGCGGCGCUGCUGGAGGCACAGGACUUCGCCAGGGAGCUGGCACAGAGGGCACAGCACUUUCGGACGCUGAUCGACCUCUGAAACGCACACAGGAAGGGGCGGGGGCGGGCGGCCGUUGCAAAGCCUUUUGCUCCAGGACAGCUGCCGAGGGUAUAUUAUAAUGAUUUAAUAAUGACUUGAACUGUAGGCAAGAAGCAUUAUUUUGUGCGAACGGCAUGAAGCGAUGUCCUGUGUGUGAAUUGAUGUCCAUGUGUAGAACUCCUUUUUGCACUGAAGCAAAAUGCUUUGAAAACAACCUGACAGUUUGUAUAUGUGAACUUGUAUACACCGGGCGAAAUGCAUCCACCAAUCAUCAAAUUACAGUAACCCAUUAAACGUUUGCUCUGACAGGUUGCACAGUUCCUCAAUGCAUCAUCCCACUGUUCAUCUUCCAGGUGUCCAGAAAUCCCCUCGACGAAUUCAACUGAACCCAAUGCGUGUCUCUUCCACAAUCUCUCUGGUCAACCUGUUCUUUUUUUGUACAGAAAAUCAAAUCCCUAUAUAUUUGGAUGUCCCAAGGCAUUGCAUUUGUAUUCAGAUGGUUAUAU